AGAGAGAGAGAGAGAUGGGGUUGGUUAUAACUCGCCUUCGCAGACAGGAAGAAAGGGUCCAGUGUAGCCGAGAAUUUGUGUAGGGGGAACUGUAGAAUGCGAGUACGAAGGGUCAUGUUCCCGUCCGAGACAAAUCUGUGGAAAUCAUUGUUCGGUAUUCUGACCUGAAAUAACCCCUCAUUUGCCCGUAAGGAGCUCAAGUGCUGCGUUUGAAUGCAUCAGGACUAUUAGCAGCAACACUUUUAAAACAAAAAACAUACGGAAAGGGUAAUGGUAAGGUAGGCUACAUGCAACGAAAAUGACUGUUUGUAACUAUGAAUUGCUAUUUUUUUAUUCGAGUGGAUAUAUAUUUAUUUAUAUAUGAUACCUUGAAAAAGCCCAGGAAACAUUAAGCUACUUUGUACGCAGAGGGACCGUGUUGGCAGUCCGUUAUAAUUUGGUUAAUAUUUAUUAAUACUAGAGACAGUACGUGUCAGACCACUCCCACAUGAUUCAUUGAGUUGGAUUAAUGCGAUUAAGUAGAAUUAGCCGAAUAAACACGGUGCUCACCACCCACGGCAGUGUUAAAACGAGCACGCCACAAACACAGCAGCUAAUUCAGACAGACGUGAGCUGUUGUAAUUGUAGCCGCGAUCACAGUUGCUGAGUCAGUAGCCCCCACUCUCACAGUAGCCUGUACACUAUCGGUCUGUCUCUAUCUCUCACUCUCCGUCUUUCCGUCAACCUGAUGAGCUUUAUGCUUUCUUUCGGUGACGUCAGGCUUUUUAAAAGAAGCAAACGGUGGGAUAAGCGUUUAUGCCUGCAGUUUCUAUGCGAAUAGGACACUCGACCGGACCCCGGGCGUUUUAUGAAUGAACGGCGAUAGAAAAUAUUGCAGAACGACAAAACUCUUCCACCGUGUUCGGCUGCUGGAUCCACAGAUACCAGGGGGGAUUAAAGUGGUCGACCUUCAUUGCGGAAAACCCCCUCACUGCAGACUAAAUGUGAAAGCUUGCCAUUGAACUACGUAGGCUACUUGCAAAGCUUCGGUUAGCCGAGAGGCGAGGUGACCAUGUCGAUCCACAUCGUGGCCCUGGGGAGCGAGCGGUCGGGUCUGGGGCUCCUGGAGGAGGGGGCGGGACAGCCCCAGGGGGGCCUGCUGUGGAGCUACCUGGGUCGGAGCGUGGUGCCCGGGGUGAGGGACACGCUGAGCCGGACGGACGGGAGUCUGCUCAGCUCCACCGCGGCCACCCUGCACCCCAUGAACCCGGCCUUCAUCCAGUACCAGGCCCGCAUGUUCGGGGACGUGAGGGUGCUGGUGCACGACUGCCCCAGCUGGGACCUGUUGGACAGGGACUGGGUGGCCACUCGGGGUGUGCUGGAGCAGGCCGACAUUCUGGUCAUCAAGUACUCGGUGAACGACAAGCUGACCUUCCAGCAGGUGCGGGACGCCUACAGCCCCCGGAUUCGGCCCCUGCUGCGGCACUGGGCCGUGCCCGUCAUCGUGGCAGCCGUGGGCGCCCGUCUCAACGAGGAGGGACCCCCCUGCACCUGCCCCCUCUGUGCCUCAGACUGGAGCAGCUCUGUUCCCCACAACGAGGGUCUUCAGCUGGCCCGGGACCUGGGGGCCACCUACCUGGAGCUGCCCUCCCUCAACGACUUCUUCGUGGGGCGUUACUUCGGGGGAGUGUUGGAGUACUUCAUGGUUCAGUGUCUGAAGCAGAAGGCCAAAGAGAGGCCGGACAAGAGGCGGACCCACAAGGCCAGCGAGCUCCGCCCACCUCAGCUGGAGCAGCCAGCCCGUCUCCCGGCCGUGCGGGUGGAGGAGUCACGCUUCUCGCAGGACAUGCAGUGGCUGCUGGAGCGCGGCGUGCAGUUCGCCGACGUGGCCUUCUACGCCGGGGAUUCUGGGAAGGAGCUGGGCUGGGCGCACGCGGCGGUGCUGUGCUCUGUCAGCCCCUACUUCAGGCAGCUGCUGCUGGGGGGGCAGGGGCGGGACCGCCCCGUGUCCCGCUGCGCCUGCCGGGACGGCCCCCAGAGCCUCCUCUCCACGUGGGACGGGGGCGCCGAGGACCCGCCCCGCCCCGACGGGCACCUCGCCGGACGCCUCUCCCGGCUGGUGGUGAAGGACCCCCUGCUCUGCCGCUGCCUGUGGGACAUGCUGAGGUUCCUCUACAGAGGGGCCUCGGAGUGGAAGCAGCUCCAGGACGCCGCGGGGGAGAAGCUGAAGAGCUCGGUGGCGGUGGCCGAGCUGCUGGAGAGGGUGCGCUCGUUCAUCACCAGGGAGAAGGGUUCCAGGGAGACACUCAGCACCCACCCUUCCCAGCAGUCCUCCCGUUACCUGGGUAACCUCUUCAACUCCCCCCUGUGUUCGGAUGUCAUCUUCAUGGUACAAGGGAGCGUGCUGCCUGCUCAUAGGGCAGUGCUGGUAGCGCGCUGUGAUGUCAUGGCCGCCAUGUUCAGCGGGAAGUACGCCGAGGCCAGGAGUCGCGUGGUGCCCAUCCACGGCGUCUCCUCCGACACCUUCCUGUCCUUCCUGGAGUACCUCUACACUGACACCUGCUGUCCGGCCAGCGUGCUGCAGGCCAUGUCGGUGCUGGUCUGCGCAGAGAUGUACCAGGUGAAGCGUCUGCAGCACCUGUGUGAGGUGUGCGUCUGCGCAUACCUGCAGAGCAUGCCCAGCCGGGAGCUGGCGUCCACGGGCAUCAGCGUCGUCCGGCUGCUGCGCCGGGCAAAGUGCCACAACGCAGACCAGCUCUACAUCUGGCUCCUGCACUUCAUCGCCAACAACUACCUGAUCUUCAGCCACAAGCCCGACUUUCUGGAGCUGUCAGGUGAGAGCCGGCGCCCCCUACAGUCCAAAUGGUGACCCUGCAGUGGUGUCAGGGGGGAGCACAGUGCUCAAGGCUCUUCUGUCUGGGCCUCGACACAAGAUACACAGCCGAAUUGUGUUAAUACUCCGCCUAAUCCACCAGUGAUCACAGCAGUAGGAACAUUAGGACUGCAGAUUUCUCUGGAACAAGUGCCUGUGUAUGGAGGCAAUGCGUCUAAGACAAACCCACACAUUCCCCCCCCCAGAAUUCACCAUUUCACACUGCAUUGAUGUAUUUAAAUUGAUUUAAUAGGAUUCAGCACAUCUAAUUCUAUAGAGAACAACAGAUUUCCAGUACAUUUAUAUUGGACGGGCCCCCCCCCCCCCCCCCCCCCCCCCCCCCCCCCCCCCCCCAUUUUAGAAAGGGCUAAAGUACAAUGUGUUUAGUUACAACAUAGUAUAGGACCUACAUCUAGCAAACACUGUUGGUAAGCUACCUACAAGGGCUGAAAACUAAAUGAGGGUUCUUUUUUUUGGUCUGGUCAUUUCUUGUAAGGAUGUCUAU